AGCGCGCGGUCUGCGGGGCCGGCGGCGCCAUGGAGUUCCGGCUGGAGGCGCACCGCAUCGUCAGCAUCUCGCUGGGCAAGAUCUACAGCGCGCGGGGCCAGCGCGGCGGCCUCAAGCUGCACAAGAACCUGUUGGUGUCGCUGGUGCUGCGCAGCGCCCGCCGGGUCUACCUGGGCGAGCCCGGCGGCGAGUGCGCCCUGCCGCCCCGCCCGGGCCCGCCGCCGCCCCCGGACUGCGAGAGGCUGCGGCGCGGCUGCCGCCCGUUGGGCUCGGAGGCAGCGGCGCGGGGGCGGGCGGAGUUCCCGGCCGAGUCCCCCCGGAAGCGGAGCGCAGCCGAGCGGGGCCAGGUGGCGGGCUCCCCGGGGAAGAAGCCGCGGCGUGAGGCGGAGCCGCCCCCGCCGCAGGAGGACAUGGAGACUGGCAACGUGGCCAGCCUCAUCAGCAUCUUCGGCUCCGGCUUCUCGGGGCUGCUGGGCAAGGAGCGUGGCGCGGCGGAGGCGACCGAGCCAGGGCAGGUCUGCUGCGAGCAGCCGGCGCUGCGGAGCCUCAACCCCUGGAGCACGGCCAUCGUGGCCUUCUGAGCCCCGCCGCGGACUGACCACUCUGCGCG